AUGAAUUACAAUCCAUAUGAGUCCGGUGUGGACGACUACGAGAUGAGAAACACUGAGAACGUUUUUGACGAUUCUGCAGCAGCAUCAACACCGUAUGGUCCUACGGGGGGUGAACCAAACCUUAAUAGUAGUCCAGUUGAUGUAGGUGGUGCUGGUGCUGGUGCUGGUGUUGGUGAAAACGAUUUUGUAGAUUUUAUGGGUAAAAUCAAUCAGAUUAACAGUGGGCUAGAUACUUACGAGCAACUCAUCAACAAUGUUGAUUCCUACCACAAGAGAUUACUUGCUGAGGUCAAUGAAGACCAGGAGAUGCAGUUAAGACGUAUGUUAGAUGAUAUUGUUGCUCAAGCAGGAACCUUGCAGUAUCAAUUAAGAAAUGAAAUUAAAGAUGUUCAAAGGGAAGGUUUAAGAGAUGGUAGUAAACAGGCACAGGCUGAAAAUUGUAGACAAAGGUUUUUGAAGGCAAUUCAAGAUUACCGUAUUAUUGAAUCUAAUUAUAAGGAGGAAAACAAGGAACAAGCAAUGAGACAAUAUAUGGUGGUUCAGCCUGACGCAACACCAGAUGAAGUGGAAAAUGCAGUUAGUGAUGUUGGUGGACAACAAAUUUUCUCACAAGCACUUCUAAAUGCUAACAGACGUGGUGAAGCAAAGACAGCGUUAGCCGAAGUUCAAGCAAGACAUCAAGAAUUGUUAAAAUUGGAAAAGACAAUGGCAGAAUUGACCCAAUUAUUCAACGAUAUGGAAGAAAUGGUUGUUGAACAACAAGAACAAGUUGAUAAUAUUGACAAGAAUGUGGACGAUGCUCAAGAAGACGUGGAACAAGGUGUGGGUCAUACGAAUAAAGCUGUCACUAGUGCUCGUAGAGCAAGGAGAAACAAGUUGAGAUGUUGGAUCAUCGUCUUCGUUAUUAUUAUUAUCAUUCUGGUGGCCUCCAUUGUUCCGGCAGUUGUUGCUACUCAAACUUAA